UUAGACAAAGGACUGAGGAUUCUGCAAAAGUGAUCUGGCCAUUCUCUCCAUACUCUCCAUUUUCACGCUCUAUAAAAUGAUGACCCAUCUUAAGCUUCAGAGCCAAACACGUUGUAGAAAAGGGUUCCAAGCCACUCGCCAUUACAAAACUGAAAAGACCGAGAAUGGCUGCCACUGUGUACCCUCCCAGUAUGUGGAAUGACGAUGCAAUUAACUCUCUUACAGAGAUUCACAUGCCUUUGGAACACCACAAACACAUUGAAGCACUGAUAGAAGAUAUUAGAAAUAUGUUCCAGUCUAUGGAGGAUGGAAAACUAAACCCAUCUGCAUAUGACACUGCAUGGAUAGCCAGAAUAGCAUCCAUUGACAACCCUUCCCAACCUCAGUUUCCACAAACGCUGAACUGGGUUGUCUGCAAUCAGUUGAGUGAUGGAUCUUGGGGAGGAGAACCAUUUUACUUAUCACAUGAUAGACUUCUUAUUACUCUUUCAUGUGUCAUUGCACUUAGAAUAUGGAAGCUGGGAGAGACGCAAGUGCAAAAGGGAAUUGAUUUUGUUAACUAUCAAACCUCGCUCUCUUUAGAUGAAAGAGGGUAUGGCAAUCAGCCAAGUGGAUUUGUGAUUCUCUUUUCUUCUUUGUUGAAGGAAGCUAAUGCUCUAAAUCUGGGUAUUUCCAAUGAAUUACCAUUCAUUCAAAGAAUUCUUGCAAUAAGGGAAGCUCAGCUUAAAGAGAAUGAUAUGGGUAUUUUAUAUAACCUACCGACAUCUCUUUUCCUUUCGUUGGAGGGAUUACAAGAGGUUAUAGAUUGGAGAAAAGUAUUGAAGUUCUAUCCAAAGGAUGGAUAUAUGUUAGGCUCCCUAGCAUCCACUGCCUGUCUUUAUAUGCACACAGGAGACAAAAUAUUUCUGGAAUUCAUUAACUCUGUUGUCACAAUUUGUGGAGACCACGUGCCUUGUGUUUAUCCUUCUGAUCUCCACGAGCGCCUUCUUGCCGUUGACACUGUUGAACGUCUUGGAAUUGGUCGCUAUUUCAAAGAGGAAAUCAAACAUGCAUUGGAUUAUGUAUACAGAUUUUGGUCUAAUGGAGGCAUCGGAAGGGGAAGAAACGAUACCAUUGUAAAUGUAAAUGAUACGGCUAUGGGCUUUAGGAUCCUGAGAUUGCAUGGCUAUGAUGUAUCUGCAGAGGUUCUGAAAAUUUUUGAAAAUGAGAAAAGAGAGUUCUUUAGUUUUGCUGACAAAACACACAGAGGGGUUGAAGAUAUGUUGAGUCUUUAUAAAUGCUCCGAAAUAGGUUUUCCUGGAGAAACGGUAAUGAAAGAAGCAAAAACCUUCACGGCAACUUACCUGCGAAAUCUUCGUGAAACGAAUAAUUCUUUUGCUCUUGCAAGAGAUGUCAGUGGGUCUUUCGCUGUGGACUACGAGUUGAAAUAUGGAUUCCAUCGGAGUUUGCCCAGACUAGAGGCAAGAUUUUAUAUAGAAGGCUCGUGGCUUUCAAAUAAAACUUGGCUAGCGAAGACCUUCUAUAGGUUGCCUUAUAUGAACAAUGAAAAGUAUAUUGAGCUGGCUAAAUUGGACUUCAAUGCAGUACAGUCCAUACACCAAAAAGAGCUUCAACAAGUCCAUAAGUGGUGGAUAGAUUCUGGCUUUAGGAAGUUGAAAUUUACUCGGGAGAGGCAUAUAGAGAUAUAUUUCGUGGUGGCAGCUGGCAUGUUUGAACCUGAUUAUGGCGAUUGUAGAAUUGCAACUACAAAAGUUGGUUGUCUUAUUGUUAUUCUUGAUGAUCUAUAUGAUAAAUAUAGCUCUUUUGAAGAGAUUAUGUUAUUCAAUGAAGUAUUUGAGAGGUGGGAUUUAUAUAUGUUAGAUCAUAUGUCAGAGCAUAUAAAAAUUUUCUUCCUUGGAUUAUACAAUACAAUCAAUGAGUUAGCUGAGAAAGCAUGUAAGGUGCAAGGAAAUGAAAUGCUUGAAUACUUCAAAAAAAUGUGGAAGGUUCAACUUGAAUCUUUUACAAAAGAAGCAGAGUGGUCUAAGCAUAAGCAUGUUCCUAGAUGGGAUGAGUACAUAACUAUAUCCAAAGUUUCAAUAGGUUUUGGUACAAGUAUUCUCACUUCCAUCCAUUUAAUGGGAGAAGUUAUUACUGAUAGUAUUCUAUGCCAAAUUGAUGAGAGAUCAAAAGCUCACUAUCUUGUGUGCUUAUCUACAAGGCUAGUUAAUGAUACCAAAACAUUCAAGGCCGAAAGAGAAUAUGGCGAGUUGGCUUCUGCGAUAGAAUGUUAUAUGAAGGACAAUCCUAGAGCCUUGGAAGAAGUAGCUUUAGACCAUGUCUAUGAUGUCAUUGAAGAUGGACUUACUGAAUUGAACCAAGAAUUGUUCAAAUAUGUUGAAUUGCCAAGUUGCUUUCAAAAUUUACUUCUCAAUUAAGCAAGAUUGUCACAACUUAUCUACAUGAAAACAGAUGCAUUUAAUAGAUCUAUUCAAGAUAAGAAAGAUAUGGUGGAAAAAUGCCUUUUCCAAAGGGUCAAAUGAGAAGUCUCAUGUUGGUAAUGACUACACAUGUAAUAGAAAAAUGUACUAGUGUGUUGUCAACAAUUUGUGGAAUUGAACAUGUGCUACAAGUAGAAGUCUUACAUGCUUCAAGAUUAGAAUGUUAGAUAUCAAAUAAAUUUUUCUUCACCAUGAGAUUUAAUUAUAUGGCCAUUACAAUUUUAUUUACUUCACAAAAGCUUUAUAAUGUAAUAAUCAU